AUGAAAUCUCGACGGAAGAAGGGCACUCCGAUCCCUCCACGCUUCCGAAUGCGAAGGGGCCAAGUUGGAACGACCUCGUCCGUGGUCGCGACUCCUAGACAAGCGCCCUUGCCAGAUAAAAGGAGGAAGAUACUGACCCGGGUGCCCGUUCUGUUUCAGAUAUUCGGCAGCAAAGCGGACCUGCAGCUGCACACGCAGAUCCACAUGCGCGAGGCGAAGCCGUACAAGUGCACCCAGUGCUCGAAGGCGUUCGCGAACUCGUCGUACCUCUCCCAGCACACGCGGAUCCACCUGGGGAUCAAACCGUACCGCUGCGAGAUCUGCCAGCGGAAGUUCACCCAGCUGAGCCACCUGCAGCAGCACAUCCGCACGCACACCGGGGACAAGCCGUACAAGUGCCGGCACCCGGGGUGCACGAAGGCCUUCAGCCAGCUGAGCAACCUGCAGAGCCACUCUAGGUGCCACCAGACCGACAAGCCCUACAAGUGCAACUCCUGCUACAAGUGUUUCUCCGACGAGCCCAGCCUCCUGGAGCACAUCCCGAAGCACAAGGAGUCGAAACACCUGAAGACCCACAUAUGCCAGUACUGCGGCAAAAGCUACACCCAAGAGACCUACCUGGCCAAGCACAUGCAGAAGCAUGCCGAGAGGACGGACAAGCGACCCCCGAUCAUCGGGACCGGGCUGAGGCCCUCCAUCCACGCCAUGGCCCACCACCAGGAGCACUACUGGCCCAAAGUCAGCCCGGACUCCGUGAUCUCGGAGCUGCACGAGCGACUGCCCCACCACCACGGGGACUACCAUCAGAACCAGAACGCGGAGAUGCUGCUUCCCCACGGGCACCGGGAGUCCAUCGAGAACGACUCCAGGCAGCAGACUCCCCAGCCCGGGAACCACCCCAACAGCUCCUCGGCCUUCACGCCGAUCUCCUCGAUCUCCAUAAACUCGAUCUCCUCGAUGCAGCAUCCGCUGAACCCGCUGAAUCACCUCCACUACCCUGGGAGCCACCACCCUGCCUCCAGGCCCUACCUCUACGAGGCCUUCAACUCGCAGAAGUCCUCGCCCACCUCCUCGGCGGGAGUCACCGCCGGGACCACCUCCAACCAGAACGCCACCUCCUUUCCCAAUCAGCUGAUCAGCCUACACCAGAUUAGGAACUACGCUCAUCAACCGAACUUGGGGAACCUCGGCAACCUGGGGAACCUUAGCAACCUUAGCAACUUGAGCAACCUCAGCGCUACCAUGGAGAGCCACGCGCUGCUGGGGGGACUCAAGGAGAAGCAGUAACCUGGGCCCGGGGCUGGGGAUUCGUCCAGGCUGGCGCCUUCCUGAGGUGGUGGCUUCGUUCUUCCUGGGACUCUGGUGGGCCCUGGCUGCGGCCCCUGAAGGUGGGGCCCGAGAUCUGGUCCUUGCGCUGGGAAAUAGACUGAUUGGAUAUUGCUAGGAAUCGAGACAUGCUAUCAUCUCGCGUCAGGGUCGUGGAAGUCGGUCAUCAUCCGUGAUCAUCCCUGAUCUUCCCUGAUCUUCCGUGAUCCCGAUGCCGCGGUUGAUGCGAUCGUUGAUAAGCGUCCGAGAUGAAAUUGCCGAGGCAGGAAUGGAGAUGAGAGGAAGACGGAAGUGGGGAUCGAUGAUUAGGAAUGUCUCUAGCCGCUUUAUCCGCCCAGUAUGUUCUGUUAUUAGUCAAAAGCGUUGGGAAACGUUUUGGGGUUAGGUUUCUUCGUCUCCGUCGGAUGCCUCCGUAACGAUAAAGUGCAAGUUAACGUUUUGUUUUCUUUUCUUUUUUUUCUAUUUUCUUCUUCUCUUAUCCCUAUCAAGAGCCACUUAUUCGAGAUUGCAGAUUUUUAAUCCAGCAUUUUUAAAUAUCCCUUUUUAUUUCUGCCUUGUCUUCGAUAUUUCAAGUUCAUGAUUUUUACCAUCUAGUUUACAAUUAUUCGAGAAAUCACUUUUCGGGGAGAUACUUUUUGCUUUUAAUGCUAGGUAUCGGAGUGGUGUUCUCGUUGGCAAUUUCAUUUACACUUAUUUUGAUAUCACUCGAUGGAAAAGUAUUUUCGGGAUACUUUGUAGCGAUAUUUGUUAAACGGAUAGCGUCGGCAAAGCGGAAAUUCUGGGAUUCUAAAAUUUCCACAAAGAACGAACGCUCUUGAUAUCUAUGCCCAUUGUCUCGCACAAUCAAGACCGCCGCUCUUAUCGUUUAAUAAAUAUUUUCGGUUCGGGAUUUUUACUCCAUCCGGACUUCUGAAUUGCGUUUUUUCUUCAGAAACGAACUAUCGAAGACGUUCUCCGACGCAAAGAAAGUAUCGAGUGCUCUUAUUCGGAUUCCCGAGGGAAGGCGACCUUAAGAUGAUAUGAAAGUGUAAUAUAUACAUACCAAAAAGUGAAAAUGUUUAUAAAACUUUUCUUCAAAUUGGGUAAGGAAGAACGCAAUG